UAUGCUGACAAGCUCUCUCUGGCAACCCCGAGCUCGUCGCUAGCACCAUCCGCAUACCGUUCCUUCCGAGCGCCUCCCGUCGAUCCUGACCGUCCGUUCCGGAAUGGCCGAGCCGCGAUUCACCGUCGGCUACGCCCUCCUGCCCAAGAAGCAGCAGAGCUUCAUCCAGGACUCCCUCGUCGCCCUCGCCCGUUCCCGCGGCAUCGACCUCGUCGCCGUCGACCUCCGCUGCCCGCUCGCCGACCAGGGCCCCUUCGACUGCCUCGUCCACAAGCUCCACGGCGAGGACUGGUGCCGCCAGCUCCGCGAGUUCGGCUCCAGGCACCCCGGCGCGGCGGUCGUGGACCCGCCGGACGCGAUCGGCCGGCUCCACGACCGGGUCUCUAUGCUCCAGGUGGUUUCCGGACUCGAGAUCGCGUGUCCCGACAGGUCGUCGUUUGGGAUCCCCGAUCAGAUAGUGGUUCGCGAUAGGGAGAGGCUGUCGAGCGAGCAAUCGCGCGAGGGUUUGGCGUUCCCGAUGAUCGCGAAGCCUCUGGUCGCCGCCGGGAGCGAGCAGUCGCACGAGAUGUCCCUGGUUUUCAACCGCGGCGGCUUGAGCAAGCUCGAGCCCCCGAUCGUGCUCCAGGAGUUUGUGAAUCACGGCGGCGUCGUGUUCAAGGUGUACGUGGUGGGCGAGUACGUGCAGUGCGUGAAGCGCAGGUCGCUGCCCGACGUUUCGUCGGAGGAGUUGGGGUGCUCGGAAGGGCUGAUGCCGUUCUCGCAGGUGUCGAAUUCGGCAAUCCGCGAGGAGGGCGGGGACGGGCCUCGGGAGGCGACCGGAUUGGAGGAAGCGGAGAUGCCUCCCCGGAGCUUGAUCGGGGAACUGGCGAGGGGUUUGAGGAGGGCUAUGAAGUUGAACUUGUUCAACUUUGAUGUGAUCAGAGAUGCUAGAUAUGGGGACAGAUUCUUGGUGAUUGAUAUCAACUAUUUCCCUGGGUAUGCCAAAUUGCCAUGCUACGAGACUGUCUUGAUUGAUUUCUUGUGGGAUGUUGUGCACAAGAAUGAGAAGGAUGAGGUGAAGUAUUUGGAGGAUGAAAUUUGCCCUUCGAAGGGCUGAUUCGACGAAUGAUUUGCGCGUGCUUGCGAUGAGGAAGUAAUGAAAUUGCGCCCCAAAUGCAAUGUCUGUGGUUGAAGAUGGGGGAUGAAGGAAAAGCUUCCAGUUCGAUUGAACUCGAGCCAUGCACAGUGGAUUGAAAACCAUCAUGCCGGGCUCUUUUCGCUGUCGCCAAUGGAGGUUAGCUGAAGAUUUCUUCUUCACUGGAAAUUGGUAAAGUCUUGAGGCUCUAUUCGCUGUUGACGAAUUGAAGUUGAUUGCAACAUUUCUUUCAUGGUAUAUUGGCAUACUAAAGCAUGUCCUAAUUGUAGCUUUUCGUUUCUUGUGCCUGACAAGAUUACAUGGUUUCGAGAGAAUCCGUGAUAAUGUGAACUCUUUCCACCGUUGCUCUGGAUUCUCAGACAGCCCGAAUUCCAGUCGGAGCAAAGUUAUCUCAUUGCACUAGUUUUACAGCUCUGGCACCUAAAGGGAAUUAAAUUUUACUGUUCGGUCCAGAGUCUUAAGUUAGCGACUCCCUCAAAAAUAGGUUUUGCUUCUUAGGAGGAGUUUCUCUGCAUGAGGCGGUCAACUAAUGUAUGAGUAGUCUGAAAUGGUGAAUACAGAUGCUUCGGACUUGUGCUCCCGAUCAAUCUCGUC